UGCUGGUACUACAGGUGUGUGCCAACACAUCUAGUCUGGUACUGGGUUUUGAACCCAGGGCCUCACACAGGCUGAGGAGUUGCUCCACAACUUCACCAUAUCACUGUAUCUUUUUAUUCUUUGAGACUGGGUCUCCCUGAGUCACUAAUUUACCAAGCUGGGCUUGAACUUGCAAUUCUUCUGCCUCAGCUGCCCAGGCGCUGGGAAUGCACCAAAUUUCUUGUUUAGCCGAAAGCAGUGUUGAAGUGGGAAGGAAGCAUUUCUAGAGGAGAAAGCUGAGCCACACAGGCAAAGCCCCUGCACUGUCCUUGCUCCCCCGCCCCUGUUUUGGGGGCACGUGGAGAAGGGCUCCCUCUGCAGCCUCGCCCGUCACGUUCCCUGGGGCCCAGCGGCGCAUAUGGAGGAAAGAGACGCUCACACUGUGUGGGCAGAGUUCUGUCUUGCCUGGGCCUUGGGAGGCUUUGUUUCAGUCCAGCGCCUGCAGCCACCAUCCUCGGCACCCCUGGAAGGGCUUCUCCGUGGAGGCCACCCUGUCGCUGAAGGGUUCCUGGCACUUCCUGGUGUGCUCAGACAGGACGUGGCAGUUUCCUCCAGUGACCUGUGUGUCCCCUCCUUCCGGGAGAGCAGCCUGCGGAGGUCUUAGGGCGAUGGCCACUCAGGCGGCCGCUGUGGACAGCACGCUGGGGGACAGUUGCUCCCUGGACCUGCCCUCGGCCAGCGACGUCCGCGACUAUGUGCUGCGCAGCACCAGCCCCGGGCCGCGCAGUGAGAGCCUGAGCUCGCUGGAGACCCAUCCUGUUGCGGAGCCAGACAGCAGCAGCCUAAAUACUGAACAGAAAGACUCUUGGACCUUCGAAGACCUCUGGCUUGGCCCGUCUGCCAAAGGCCAGCUGAAGGCCAAGGAAGAGGACAGUGGACUUCGAGAAUCCCUGGACAGAUUCUAUGAAGUGUUCGGUCGUCCCCAGCCAGCCUCUGAGGACCCACUCUCAGCAUCUGUCUGCCGGUGCCUGUCUCGGAAAAUCACUGAACUGAGGGGCCAGGGAAGUCGGAAGUAUGCCCUCCGCAGCUUCCAGAUGGCCCGGGUCAUCUUCGCCAGGGAUGGCUGCUCAGCCCUGCGGAGGCAUUGCAGGGACUCCCGCUUCUACCCACUGCAUGAAGGAAGCGUGUCUCUGGAUGAUGAAAAGCAGACCCCAGGGCUUUCAAAAGAUAUUAUCCGCUUCCUCUUGCAGCAGAACCUGAUGAAGGACCCCUAACUGAGGCUGGUGGCAGACACAGGCAGGCCCGGAGGUGACACACUGUGGCCAGUGCUCUUGGCGGUCCCCUGAGGUCCCUGCUAGCCCUGCGUGGCCAGCCCCAGCUAAGUGCUUCGCUGUUAAAAGUUGACACCUGCAACCUGGCCCUGGAGCCGCUCAGCCCAUAGGGAGAGCCCUGUGGCCACCCCACCUCCCACCCCCACUCACCUGGGGUUGGGACUUCACAGGACAUCACACCCUUGCUGGGCUCCAUACCGUCCCUGCCGCUGCCCCUGCCCCGCUGGUGGGAGCCUCUCCUUAAUAAACCCCUCUAUCUCCAUCCCAGACUCAGAGCUUACCCGCCGGGAGAACCCAACCCAAGGAAGCAGGGUUCAGUGAGAUGAGGUUUGUGAAGAAUGCAAAGCUCUUUACUGAAUCAAGGAUAAGAAUUAUACCAAGUUGUACAAUAGACAUCAUAUGAUGAAGAACAUAGAUGCUAAAAUAAAAUAAAGAUUUAAAUAAAGAUCCAAAAAGGACUUUGCUCCUUAAUCACAUCCUUUUUCCCUCUCCAAAGCCAGAUUCCUCAUUUCAUAAUAUGAACAAUGUGGAUAGAAUAUGUGGACCAUCCAACAGCUAAAAUUCAAAAGUUAAAAACACAAAGGUUUCUUCGUCUCCAUCAGAUUGCAGCGUGAAAGGUGACAGGGAGAUAAAUGUGCGCCACCCAUAGGUGUGGGCACAGUUAUGCCCUUGGAAACUCCAUUGUGUGGGCUUGUCAGUGUUCUGGCUCCAUGUGAGUAACCUUGAAGUGAGUGACCUUGCCCAGCUGGGUCCUCCUUCCUCUUGUUACUUUUAUCUUCUGCCUGCCUGCUGUCCGCACACCGUCAUCCUCUGAGCAGGAGCCCUCACCCCUGCCCCAUCCUUGCUCCGCACCCAGAGCUCCAGUGCAGACCCUUACCCAGAACAGGACCUGUGGCACCCCACCACCCUUCAGGCCUACUGUCUGAAUAACCUGUGGGCUGGCACUGGCAAGGCCUGCACUCCCUCGGUUGUGUUUUGAACCCUGGUCUGAGACUCUUUGUAGAAUUUCAUCAGAAACCUUACACGAAUCCCCGCCUCAACAGUUCAGAAGGGUUCCAUGGACACAUUUGUUUAGGGAAACAACAAAAGCUGGCAACUCUGCAAUUAGAUUUUGAGAAACUGGAGCUGAAGUUUAGCUGACAGAAGACUCCAGAAGCUUUCCAGACAGCAGAUUCUACACCUGGGGCAGGCUGAAGUGUACACUAAAAGUGAGGGCACCCUCUUAGGAAGGUGUCUGGGGGACUCUUGAGUGGAGAGAAGCCUUUUAAAGUUAGCAAGACACAAGCGUCUAGUUCCUGGAGGCUGGGAGGGAGAAACUGUUCUGAAUUGAAGGGCAGACAGAGAAGUGGAAGGAGCCCUGCAGGCAGGAAAUUGGAGAUGAAGAGGCCUUGAGGGGCCCUGGAGAAAACCCAGGUUCUCCCCUGACAAGCAACUGCCGGCCUCCCCUAGUCAUCUGUCUCCCAAUAAGCAAGACCAACGGGACUAGAAGCUGAAAACAUGCAGGUUAAAAUUUAAGGAUGCUGGUUUUAUUGUUUUUCAAUGUGAAACAUAUUAAUAGACACCCUCGAGGAGUGUUGUCUUCUUUAGUUUUACUCCGCCACUGAAAUAUUUGCUAUUAGUCUCCAUAGCUACCCACAGAAGGAAACGGGUAUUUUAUACUGUUUUUAAAGAGAAGAAAAACAUCACCAUUUGGAUGUCCAUGGAAAGCAGCAGCUUCUGUUUCACAGGGAGAUUUUAGUAUCAGGAAACAGACCCUUCAUUAACGCCAGUGCUUGGGGUGCUCACGCAGAGGGAGACUCUGAAAGCUGAGAGCGAAGAAGCCUAAAAGCCAGAAUCGCCCAGGGUGGAAGGGUGUGGUGUGUGUUCCUCAGAUCCAAGUAAGUGUUUGUGACAGCCCAGUGCAAGAUAGUUAUUCUCUGCAGCCCCGCUUCUUAAUUGGAUCUGUGUGAGGUGAGGGUAACAUUUUCCACUGAUCUCUGGAAACCUUUAAUAAAGACUAAAAGGUAAGGAUACGAG